GAGAAUAGGAUCAACAAUGAGGUGGACAAUUUUUCUAGCGUGCAUCCUCGGAAUAGUAUACGGCGCGUGCCCGUUUAAGGAUAUGUCUCCUGCUGAAAAGAAACAACAUCGUGCAAAGCUAGAUGAAAUCGUAAAAAGUAAUUAUGCAAGAGAGAAGGCAGCACGGCUCGCCCUAUUAGACCCCAAAGAUAAUCCCGAGAGUGAUGAAUACGUCUCGCCUGGCCCAGGCACCAUGCCGCCGACCAGUAGUCCUGCUAAAGAUAUGGUCUUUACAAAUGAUGUGGACAGGAAAAAUUGGGAGAACCAGUCCGAGUGGUGUUGGGAACUUGACGAUGCUGAAGAGAAUAUUACAGAAUGGAUCCCGAAAGGCACGAUUAGAGUGGUGGGUCCAAAGGAAAAAGAGAAAUGUCAAGGUGGGAACGAGUGGGAGUUUAGAGGUAAAGGAUGUUGUUGCAAGAUACCUAAGGACUGGUAGACUUGUCACAAGAUGCAUAAGGACUGGUACGGUAGACCGAUAAUAAAUAAGAUAGACUGAUAGAAAUAAGAAAUAACUGGUUAUCACUGUGACUGAGGAAGGAACCCAGAAACAAUCUAGACAAAUGUCAUAUGUGAUAUUCCUCGGCAUUUUAACAAUAGUGAAUAGCUUUAAAAAUCGCAUGUCAAUUUGGGGACGAUUUUAUUUUUGUGAUUAUUUAUAAUUGAGCUUUUAUCCUUAUUUUGUUCCAUUUAAAAUAGAAAAUUAAUUGUAGACUGACAAAGUGCUUAAAAGUUGUAAA